GGGAAGGGCGGCCCCGCUCGGGCCGCGCCGCCUCCCUCGGCCCGCGCGUGCGCGGCGGCAGCGGCGGCCAUGGCGGGGCCGGGCCGGGCCGGCUCCAAGGAACAGCGCUACGACCGCCAGCUCAGGCUGUGGGGUGACCAUGGCCAGGAAGCGCUGGAAUCUGCCCAUGUUUGUGUGAUAAAUGCAACAGCAACAGGCACUGAAAUACUCAAAAACUUAGUGCUGCCAGGUAUUGGUUCCUUUACAAUUGUCGAUGGCAAUCGAGUCUCUGGAGAAGAUGUUGGAAAUAACUUCUUUCUACAAAAAAGCCAUAUUGGUCAGAGUCGUGCCCAGAGUGCCAUGGAGCUGCUGCAGGAGUUGAAUAAUGAUGUUUCUGGGAACUUUGUUGAAGAGAGUCCAGAAAAGCUCCUGGACAACAACCCUUCCUUUUUUAAUCGGUUUAACUUGGUGAUUGCAACACAACUACCAGAAAGUACCUUGCUGCGCCUGGCUGAGCUCCUCUGGAAUUCCAACAUUCCUCUGCUGGUCUGCAGGACUUAUGGACUGGUUGGUUAUAUGAGAGUCAUUAUUAAAGAACAUCCAGUUGUUGAAUCUCACCCUGACAAUGCAUUGGAAGAUCUGAGACUGGACAAACCGUUUGCAGAGCUGACAGAACACAUUCAGUCCUACGACUUGGAUCAUAUGGACAAGAAGGACCACAGCCACACUCCAUGGGUCGUGAUUGUAGCCAAGUAUCUGACAAAAUGGCUCAACGAGAAAAGUGAACAGCUGCCCAAAAGUUACAAAGAAAAAGAAGCCUUCAGACAACUGAUUCGACAAGGUAUCUUAAAGAAUGAAAAUGGAACCCCAGAAGAUGAGGAAAACUUUGAAGAAGCCAUAAAAAAUGUGAACACAGCGUUGAAUACUACAGAGGUUCCAAGAGGCAUUCAGGAGCUUUUUAAUGAUGAUUGCUGUAUGAAACUCACCGAGCAGUCACCUUCCUUCUGGAUUUUGGUUCGAGCUCUGAAGGAAUUUGUGGCAAAUGAAGGGCAAGGAAGCUUGCCUGUGAGGGGCACUAUUCCUGAUAUGAUUGCAGACUCCAGUAAAUUUAUCAGGCUGCAAAAUGUGUACCGGCAGAAGGCCAAGCAGGACGUUGCUGCUGUGGGUGCUCAUGCUGCCAAACUGCUACAGUCCCUGGGCAAGGCACCAGAGUCCAUUUCAGAGAGACAAUUAAAAUUGUUUUGCAGCAACGCAGCCUUUCUGCGGGUGGUGCGCUGCAGGUCCCUGGCUGAGGAGUACAGCCUGAACACCUUCAACAGGGACCAGAUCGUUUCCCAUAUGGACAACCCAGACAGUGAGAUAGUGCUGUACUUGAUGCUGAGGGCUGUAAAUAGAUUUUACAAGCAGCACGGGAGAUACCCAGGCGUCUACAACUACCAGGUGGAAGAUGACGUUGGGAAACUCAAAUCCUGCCUUACGGGUUUCCUGCAGGAGCACGGGCUGUCGGUGGUGGUGAAGGAUGACUACGUUCAGGAGUUCUGUCGCUAUGGAGCUGCCGAGCCACACGCUGUCGCUGCCUUCAUGGGAGGUAAGGGUGGCUCUGAGCUCUCAGUGCCUUCACGGCAGGUGAGGAUGGCUCUGAGCUCUCAGUGCCUUCACGGGAGGUGAGGAUGGCUCUGAGCUCUCAGUACCUUCACGGGAGGUGAGGAUGGCUCUGAGCUCUCAGUGCCUUCAUGGCAGGUGAGGAUGGCUCUGAGCUCUCAGUGCCUUCACGGCAGGUGAGGAUGGCUCUGAGCUCUCAGUGCCUUCACGGCAGGUGAGGAUGGCUCUGAGCUCUCAGUGCCUUCACGGCAGGUGAGGAUGGCUCUGAGCUCUCAGAGCCUUCACGGGAGGUGAGGAUGGCACUGAGCUCCCAGGGCACGGGCUCUGGGAUGUGCCCCAGGCAGGAGCUCUGCUGCUUUGACUGCUUUGUGUUGUCAGAGCAAAGACAGCACCAGGACAGAGUCCUGCCCUUCACUCUCCAGACAUGACCCCCUGUAGCAUGUGGAGUAAGUGGGCACAGCAAGGGCUUAAAGGCAGUGAAAGAAAGCAAGUAAACUUAAACACAAUCACAGCAGAUCAAUCCUAGGAACUUAAAAAUGUGUUUAAAAAUAGUGCUCGAAAGAGGCUUCAUUUUUUUUUAAAGGAAAGUAACAACUGUAGUAAUUUUAAAAUUAUUCAGUACAUGUCUUCCUUUAAAUUAACACAAUACACUUACACAAAAUAUCUGUGAAAUAAAAAUAGCACUGAUUUCUUACCUUCAUUCAGACUAUGAGUAUUGUCAAAAUGACAUGUUUUAUUGGGUGCUCAAAAUUGAUGUAUCAGUUACCUCCUUUAUUUGGCUUCAUGCAGUGCUGAAGAUAAUUAUGUUUUAAAUACUCUGUGUAGGAAUUUUCUCUGAUUAAGUGAAACUUGGCAUGUACUAUGCUUUAGAAAAAUACGUGAAGGCAACUUCUGAAGAAAUUACAGAAUAUUUCAUACUACAGGAAAACACAAAGGGAACACAGUGAUGUAACCCUUCAGUUUAUUUUACAGUUUAACUGUACAUUUUUUUAAUUUAACCUCUCAGUUGUAUUUUGAGAGGUCUCAACUUGCAUGGCCCUGUCUGCUCACAGGUGUUACUCUGAGGGUGUGUACAUGGAGAGAAAGUAUAUACAGCAAAGUAACUUUGGAAGUUGCAGCUUUCUGAGCCUCUUUAAUGCUGGGAAGUACUAAAAGGCAUUUUUACCCCCUAGGAGGUGUAUCAGGCACUUCUCACAUAAUUCCAGUGUAGUGAGUUCUAGAUAAAUAACAUUGGUUUACUGUUGUUUAAAUAAGAUCUGCUAACUGCCUUCUGGUUUUUGUU